CCAUCAUCAACCGCAAUAAUGGAUCUAUCGGCCUGGGCCCUGCCGCAACUAUCGAAGCUUCUGCCGCUAGAUGAAGAAUCGCUCAAGCAGGUCAUCUCUUACACAGAGACACUGUCGAAUAAGGAAGCGGCAGACCACCUCCAGAAUUUCCUCGGAGACAGCCCUCAAGCCCUGGAGUUCAUCACCUCGUUCAACAACCGGAGAAAAUUGAAAGCUUCGGCUAGUUCAAGUCAAGCUCAAGCAUCAACUGACAUCUCAGAGGUCCCGAAAGCCAAGACGAGGAAUAAGAAGAAGCAGGGCCUGAAGCUUCCUCCUCCGCGGCAACCGGAGAACUACGGCAAUACCGCGGGUGCUUAUAUCAAGAAAGAUGAGGGAGACUAUAUGGCCGGAGCAUCGAAGUCGAAGGGUCUGAAGCCGAAUGCUUUCGCUCUAUCGGAUAAACCAGACGCCGCCCAGAAACCAACCACAUCCUCAGGCACGUCGACACCAAAAUCACGCGGCAUCUCGCCGGCACGACCUGCACCGGUGCAGAAGCUGCCUCCUUCUGCAGCGGGUCAGUUGAUUUCAGAUGCAAUUCCCUCCAGGACUUCCUCCCCCAAACCAAAAGCGAAAGUCAGCGUCGCCGGCGGAACGCCCAUGCACGGAGCUUCCACCGCGCUGAGCGACCUGGAGUCUGCGAUAAGAGCGCUGGAAAUCCAGACGAACCCGACUCUGUCCGCAGGUCAAGACAAUAACAAGCGGAAAUGCGACUGCAUGGCGACACGCCACCCGCUGCUUGAAGCAGCACCGAACUGCCUCAACUGCGGCAAGAUCAUCUGUGUGAAGGAAGGCAUAGGGCCUUGUACAUUCUGUAAUCAGCCAUUAAUCAGCUCUAGUGAGAUUCAGUCCAUGGUUAGAGUGCUGAAGGAAGAGCGCGGUAAAGAAAAAAUGGCGGCAAACAAUGCCGGGCAGAAGCGUGCGGAUGUGUCACUGGCACCACGCCCUUUCUCGACACCGAGGUCCACUACUCCAGUUUCUUCAAAUCCUGCAUCAGAUGUUGAGUCGGAGAGUGAGAAGCUUUCGAAAGCGAAACAGCACCGAGACAAGCUCCUUGCUUUCCAGGCGCAGAAUGCUCGACGAACUCAGGUCCACGACGAAGCGGCAGACUUCGAAACCACGACUGCUGGCUUAAGCAUGUGGGCCAGUCCACAAGAGAGGGCAAUGCAGCUCAAGCGGCAGCAAAAAGCGCUAAAAGAGCAAGAAUGGAAUGCAAGACCUGAUUACGAGAAGAGAAAAGUCGUAGCGAGUAUCGACCUAGUAGGGGGAAAGAUCGUCAAGAGGAUGGCGGUAGUCGAAAGGCCGUCGUCUCCAGAGAGCGGCGAGGAUCUGCUUGAGCCGACUGACGUUGGGAGCCAAGGCACCUUAUCCGGUGGAGGAGGUGCGUUCAGCAGGAAUCCACUCCUUGGUGGCCUGAUCCGACCAACGAUCAAGGUUGAAGGCAAGGGGAAGGAGAAAGAGGGAGAGAGGAAACAGGCAUGGAGGAGAGUACAAGACGACAACGACGAUAAUGAGCAGUGGAUUCUUAAUGGAGGGGUCUAUGGGGGUAGGUCCGACUCGCAAGAGCAGGACGGGUGCGGAUAAGCGAUCAGUCAUCUACGCCUGCAGCAGAAAAUACGAAAAACAUCCGCUCAUUUUCCAACAAUUGAGUUGUUUCAAGUUAAUCCUAG